AUGAUUACCCUCAAGGCAACUUGGUUCAAGGCACUUUGGUUCAAGCCACCUUGGCCCGAGCCUCCGGUUCAAUCGGUAGUACCUGACUUUCCAGAUCGAGUGCCGCCCUGGAUAUUUUGGAUGUUAGGCGCUUGGCCAGGAUCUGGACCAGACGACUCUCCUUUCAAAGCGGCCGCAAAGAAGUCCGGAAUGACAGAAAAUUUGAGAGAAGCGCUGCAACUGUUCUGCGAGGCAUCUAACAAACGUGUCAAGCACAGCCAGGGCUACUACGUUGCCACUAUCAGCGCAUGUCGAAAAGGACAGCAGUGGCAAUGGGCAUUAUCUAUUCUCAGCGAGAUGGUUGCAUCGACUGUUGAGGCCAACGUCAUGGUCUACAACGCUGGGAUCAGCGCUUGCGAGAAAGGUCAGCAGUGGCAGCGGGCCCUGUCGCUGCUCAGCCAGAUGGUCGAGACGAAGCUGGAGCCCACUGUCAUCAGCUACAGUGCUGGGAUCAGCGCUUGCGAGAAAGGUAAGCAGUGGCAGCAGGCCCUGCCGCUGCUCAGCUAUAUGGUCGAGAUGAAACUGGAGCCCGAUACCAUUAUCUACAACGCUGGGAUCAGCGCUUGCGAGAAAGGUCAGCAGUGGCAGCAGGCUCUGGCGCUGCUUAGCCAAAUGAUCGAGACGAAAUUGGAGCCCACUGUCAUCAGCUACAGUGCUGGGAUCAGCGCUUGCGAGAAAGGUCAGCAGUGGCAGCAGGCCCUGCCGCUACUCAGCGAUAUGGUCGAGAUGAAGCUGGAGCCCAAUACCAUUAUCUACAACGCUGGGAUCAGCGCUUGCGAGAAAGGUCAGCAGUGGCAGCAGGCUCUGACGCUGCUGAGCCAGAUGGUCGAGACGAAACUGGAGCCCGAUACCAUCUAUCCUACAAUGCAGCGUUCACGGCUCCCCGGAUUGGCGAGCAGAGGCAGCAGGCUUCCAAAUGCUUCUGAACAGCAGGCCGUGGAUUUUCCACGGGUUCACACUAGUCAGCUACAGUGCUGGGAUUAG